AUGACUGCGAAUUGGACAGAGGUUGACUUAGUAUCAUCAAGUAGUCCACCACCAGCCAAGAAAUCGAAAAUUGUUGUAGCGAAUGGCGUUGAGCUUACAACUACCGUUUCUAUACCAAAAAAUUCUGUUGAAGAUACAGGUUCAUCAAAAAGUCGGAAGAUGCAACACGAACCUAUGGACACUUCUGAUAAUAUCCCAAUGGAAAAUGCAAAUAGUCACAAUGAUGUUGUUGAUACUAAUUUGUAUUCUCGGCAAAUUUAUGCUUUAGGAGAGAAUGCAAUGCUUUAUCUCAGAAAAGCUUCUAUUCUUGUAUCUGGAAUAGGUAGUGUUGGUGUAGAAAUAGCCAAAAAUCUUAUUCUUGGAGGAGUACGACAUGUAACUAUUCAUGAUACAAAAGAAGCAACAUGGAAUGAUUUAUCAGGACAAUAUUAUUUGAAAGAUUCUGAUAUAGGAAAAAACAGAGCUUCUGCUUCACUAGAACAUUUAGCUGAAUUAAAUGACAGUGUAACUGUGAAACUUAUUACAGGUGACUUAAGUGAAGAAAGUAUUUCUCCAUUUGAUCUUGUUAUUAUUACUGAUACCUCAUUUGAAAAACAAAUUAUGAUAAACAAAUGGUGUAGAAAUAAGAAAAUUAGAUUUAUAAGUGUAGAUUGUAGAGGACUUUUCUCUUAUAUUUUUAACGAUUUUGGGGAUGAUUUUGUUAUCGAUGAUGUUAAUGGUGAACAUCCAAAAGAAUUCCUUAUCGAACAUAUUGGUAAGGAUGGUGAUGUUACAACAUUAGAAGGUGCACGCCAUGGUUUAGAAGAUGGUGAUUAUGUUACAUUUGAUGAGGUUAAUGGAAUGACCCAAUUAAAUGGAAUUAAGCCUCUUAAAGUUGUCGUCAAAAAACCAAAUGUUUUUAACAUUGGUAGUGAGAAUGUUAGUCAGUUACCUGAUUAUGUUGAUGGUGGUCGUUGUAAACAAGUUAAGGUUAAAGUUAAUAUAAAAUUCAAAACACUAGAAAAAUCUUUAGUCGAUCCAGAUUUUUUGUAUUGGGAUUUUGCUAAAUUGGAUGCACCUGCACACCAACUACCACUUUGGGAAGCAUUAUACAAUUUUGAAAAAGUUCAUGGAAGAUCACCAAAACCAAGGAAUAGCAAUGAUGCUGAUGAGUUAAAGAAACUUCUCAAAAAUAGCACUGAAAUUCCUAGUCAUAUUAUAGAUGAAUUUUCUUUCCAAGCAACAGGAAACUUGGCACCUGUAGCAUCAGUUGUAGGAGGUAUCGCUGCUCAAGAAGCUAUGAAAGCCGUGACUCAUCAUACUACUCCUUUAAAUCAAUUUUUAUUUAUUGACCACAUUGAAGCCUUACCCGGUGAUUAUUCAACUUUUGAUAAUUCUAAAUUGUCAGAAGAUGAUUGUGCUCCAAAAGGUUGUAGAUACGAUGGCCAAGCUGCUAUAUUUGGGUGGAAAUUCCAGGAAGAAUUACUUAAACAAAAGUGGUUUAUUGUUGGAGCAGGAGCCAUUGGAUGUGAAUUAUUAAAAAAUGUUGCUAUGAUGGGUGUUGGAUGUAGUAAGGAUGGUAAAGUAAUAGUAACAGAUAUGGAUCAAAUUGAAAUUUCAAAUCUGUCACGUCAAUUUUUGUUCCGCAAAAAAGAUGUUGGUCAAAAAAAGUCUGAAAGCGCAGCUAAUGCUGUCUUAGGUUUUAAUAAUCAAAUUAACAUUUCAGCAUUGUCACUUAAAGUUGGUGCAGACACUGAAUCUGUUUUUCAUGAUGAAUUCUUUUCAAAUCUUAAUGGUGUUCUCAAUGCUCUUGAUAAUGUAGAAGCUCGUAGAUACAUGGAUCGUAGAUGUGUCUUUUAUCGUCUUCCACUUUUAGAAAGUGGAACUUUGGGCACAAAAGGCAAUACUCAAGUUGUUUAUCCAUAUCUUACUGAAUCAUAUAGUUCUUCUUCUGAUCCUCCAGAGAAGGAAAUACCUAUUUGUACAUUAAAAAAUUUCCCAUAUGAAAUUCAACAUACAAUUCAAUGGGCAAGAGAUUUGUUUGAAGGUCUUUUUACUAAUCCAGCUGAAUCUGCUAACCAAUUUUUAUCGGAAAAAGAUCAAUUUAUCAAAAGAACUGCUCAAAUGAAUACUGGACAAAAGAUUGAACUUUUAACUACUGUUAAAAAAGCAUUAGUUGAUAAUAGGCCUAAAACAAUUGACGAUUGCGUUAAAUGGUCACGAUUAUUGUUCCAGGAAUAUUUCCACAAUUCUAUUGUUCAAUUACUUCACAAUUUCCCUCCUAAUCAUUUAACAAAUGAGGGAAUCAAAUUCUGGUCAGGAACUAAAAGGUGUCCACAACCAUUAGAUUUUGAUAUUAAUUCACAGGAACAUUACAAUUUUGUAUAUGCUGGUGCUCUUCUUCAAGCACAACAGUAUGACAUUCCAUUUAAUAUAUCUGAUAAAGAGUUUCGUAAAAUUUUGUCUGCAAUUGUUGUUCCAAAAUACGAACCUAAGUCAGGAGUGAAGAUAGCUUUGACAGAAGCUGAAGCUAAAAUGAGUACUGAACACAAUGAUACUGAUGAUGUAGUUUCUCAUUUAGAAGAUGAAUUAACUAAUUUAACUCUUUCUGGUAAUAAAUUACUUUGUCCAAUUGACUUUGAAAAAGAUGAUGACACAAAUCAUCAUAUGGAAUUUAUUACGGCUGCAUCAAAUCUUCGGGCUGAAAAUUAUUCUAUCAAGCCUGCUGAUCGCUUAAAGACAAAACAAGUUGCAGGUCGUAUCAUACCGGCUAUUGCUACAACUACAGCUGCUGUUGCAGGAUUGGUAAUGAUUGAAAUGUUUAAAAUGGUUGAUGCCGGUGGAAAACUUCCACAAAUUCCAAUGAGCCGAUUUAAGAAUGGUUUUAUAAACUUGGCUCUUCCAUUCUUUGGCUUUAGUGAACCUAUUAAAGCACCAGUAAAGAAAUUUGGAAAUAAAGAAUUUACCCUUUGGGAUUCUUUAGACGUAAAAGGACCUUUAACACUUCAACAAUUAAUUGACUGGUUUGAAAAAGAAACUGAUUUGGAAUUAUCAAUGUUAUCUUCUGGUGUAUCAUUAGUUUACUCAUUUUUCAUGAAUGCUCAAAAAAGAAAAGAAAGAACUUCAAUGGAAGUAUCUAAAGCUGUUGAAGAUGUUUCUAAAAUUCCUACUCCUACUUAUACAAAAUAUGUUGUAUUAGAACCAAUGGCUAAUUCUAGGGAAACUGAAGAAGAUGUUGAAGUUCCAUAUAUUAAAUACGAAAUUUAA